AUGAAGAACCUUCCCUUUUCUGUGGACAACAAAUGGCGAUUACUCGCAGUAAUGUGUGGAUUCUUUGGUAGUGGAUUUGUUGCCCCUUUCUUGAUAGUCAGACACCAGCUUCUUAAGAAGUGA